AUGUCAAGUGAAGCUAAAACCCUUCAAGCUAUCAAGUUUGAUAGAGAAACUAAGACGUUGGAUAUUUUGGAUCAGCUUCUUAUUCCGUAUGCUACUGAAUAUAUUUCGAUUAAAUCCAUUGAGGAUGCAUAUCAAGCUAUUAAGUUGAUGCAAGUCAGAGGGGCACCAGCUAUCGCAAUUGUUGGUGCAUUUUCUAUUGUUGUUGACGUAUACAACAAUUUGAAAGAAACUAAAGAGAAAUCUCGAACUAUUGGUGACUUAGUGGAGUCAAUUCACUAUUUAAUUACUGCCAGACCGACAGCCGUCAAUCUUUCCAAUGCCUGUUUAGAUAUCGAAAAACUUAUCCUUACGGAAUUCAAAAAGGACGAAUUGGUUAACCAGCAUACAUUUGAUAUCGUAUAUCAAUAUUCUGUUGCAUUAUACGAUGAUGACUUGGAUAAUAAUUUCAAGAUUGGUGAUAAUGGAUUGCAUUAUAUUGUCGAAACAUUGAAAUCGCAGUCUUUUACUGGCCCGUUCUCCAUCAUUACUAUUUGUAAUACUGGUUCAUUAGCUACUUCUGGGCAUGGUACUGCGCUAGGCAUAAUCAGAACCGUUUUCAAAAAGUUAUCAAAAGAUGCCGGUGAAAAGUUUUGGUUAGAGCAUGUUUAUCCAUGUGAAACUAGGCCAUAUAAUCAAGGAGCUAGGUUGACUACUUACGAAUUGAAUUACGAAGGAAUACCAUCGACACUUGUUUGUGAUAGUAUGGCGUCAUCAUUAAUUGCUACUUUAAGCAAACAAAGAAAGGUCAAAAGUCUGACUGCUCCGGUAAAGUUCAUCAUUGCUGGCGCUGACAGAAUUGUGGAAAAUGGUGAUACGGCAAAUAAAAUCGGUACAUUCCAAUUAUCAACAAUUGCAGACUAUUUCAAUUCAAGGGCAGAGAAGGAAAACACUAUCAAGUUUAUUAUCGCAGCUCCAAGGACCACAAUUGAUUUUAAGACAAAAACCGGUGAUGGGAUUAUAAUUGAAGAAAGACCAUCACAGGAAUUAACAACACUUAAUGGACCUGUACUCACUAAUAAUGGAGUUCUUGAAAAGCAAACGGUUGGAAUAGCAACGCCUGGAAUAGACGUGUGGAAUCCUGCUUUUGAUGUUACGCCUCACGAACUAAUCGACUGCAUUGUCACUGAAGAUACGAAUGCUUUUGUAAAAAAUAGCGAAGGUGAUUUCAACUUGAAAGUGUAG